AUGAGUAGCGAUUCAGACGACGACGAGUUUUCAGAAUUUCGGGUUCAGAGCGACUUAUUUCCCAGCCGCUCCCAGUCCCUGACCGGUAGCCCCGCGAAGCAGAAGCAGGCAGCAACUAUGGCUGCUAAGCCUCAGCUAGCGAAUCGCCAGGAGAUUCAAGGGCUUCAGGCACAGUGGCAGAAGGAUAAUACCUUAGCCAAUGGCAGUUUAGGGAACUCGCUAUUCGCGUCGUCGUCGCCUCAAUCGGGGACUAAACGACAGCGUCCAAAUGAAGGCGGGGGCCAGGAGGGUUCGAGGAGUAGCUCCAAGCGAAGACGGGCCGCGGACGAGAACUUGGGUGGAUCGUCGGAUAGGCCCGACGCAUCAGCCCUAUAUUCGUCCGCCGGGGUUCCAUUUCCUUCCAGCGCGCCCCCGAGCGCAUCGAGGCCUUCUGCGAGCAGUGGAGCUGGACUGAAAGGCUUCGUGCUGAGGGAAUCAGCUGCGUCGUCGUCGUCGGCUACGUCCACGCCGACCGCCAGACGAACAGUCGUAGCGCCUACCGCGCCGGUGAUUAGGGCUCCUCGAACGGCUGGCAACAACACUCCCUCAAAGAUGAAUUCAACCCCUACAGCUCGGCCUAAGCCCUUUAACAGCGGACUAGACCUGGCGGCCCCUGUUAUUUCCUGUUCGAGCGGGUCGGAAGAUGAGAUACCUACCGUGCCAGCGGCCUUGCGGGAGAGAGUGACGACGCAAUCCCGGGGAACCCCCGGGACUACGGAGGCCCAGCGUUCAGCGAAGAGCACGAGUGGUAAACCGGCUGCACCAUCCUACCCGGUGCCCGCAACCAUUACCCCCGUACCUAUUCCGAGACCUUUCGGCGCCGCACCGCCGCGGACUCUGGCAGUGGCGAGCCCCACAACGAGCACCCCCGAGGCUAAGCCUACCAACCUCAUCGCGACAAGAUCUAAGAAGUUGUACGCGCUAUGGAUCAACGAGCAAGGACGCUCCGUCUCUACGAACGGCGCUCUCAUCCCGGACCAUUACAAAAAGCAUCCGGAUCCCAAAACUCCAUGGGCCUGUCCCAUUGUCGGCUGUCCGAAGCGGUUUGUUGACUUAAGAGCUCUCGGAGGGCACUUUUCGGCUGGUCACCGAGGAAUACAACUCAAUGACAACUGUGACGGCACCUUCUCCAUUAUCGACAAAGUGGGACAGAGCGCGCCCAUUGUUGUCUCGCAGAUUCCCCGCGAUCGUAGCGGAACUCCCGUGGGCGUCCGGGCGCCAACGGCGACGACCAAAGCUCCCGAUUCGGCACCAAGAUCUCGAAAGAAUACGCCCACAACCACCAGAACAAACUCGACAUCGUCGCGUGCAGCAUCCGCCGCGCAGAGGACGGGUCAAGGAUCAGCAUCAGCCUCACUACCGGAAAAAACGAACUCGAGCAUUCCCGAUUAUCUUAAACUGGUCCUACCUAAUGGCUACAACAUGCACAUAUUCACAGACCACAAGGAAUGGAACGAGCUCAAGGGCCUUCAGCUAAGACGUUCCUGGUCAGCAGAGAUCCUAAACUUUUGCUUGAAGCUGGCGAUGGCUAACAACUACCCCGCCCUGGGGCUCAUCCUUUACCUAACGGGUACUGAGGUGAAACGCUCAUGCGAGGAGUGCGCUACUCGCAAGCAAACGUGCGUCGUGGCUGACGAUUCUUUCCCCCGGAGUCUUAUUGACUUGUUUGGGGAUUGCUGUGCGUUGUGCCACUACCGAGCGAAGAAGUGGCACUGGCGGCAUCGGUGCACCCUUGGCGACGGGCAGAAGAAUCGGUCCGAGGAUGGUGAUAGCACGGACAGUGACGACGGCUCACCAGACGCCGUGGGCCCGGGGAGCGAGGCGACAUCGGAGCGGAGCGCUACGCUUGGGGAGACGCAACAGCCUGUCCGGCGUAUGGUGACUUUACGAUCUGGUAGGAUUGCUGAGCUUGGGGCCGGCCUGCAGAGACCCUCUAGUCCUACUCCUCCAACAAAUACUACACGUAGUCCUACUUCUACCGAGCUAUCACAAGGUGGGAAUGGCCAGCCCGUAGUGUCGGCGGAUUCUCUCGCGAUGGAAGACUGGGAAGUUGGACCGGGCCGAAUCAGCACGGCGGGUCCGGACGGGGAAAACGGGAUCGGAUUCAAUGUUAUCUUUAUCAAACCGGGUUCGCCCCACAAUUGGCAGCCCGAGGCGGAUAGUAUAAGAAUCUGCGUCGUUGCAGCUGGUAAGCUGGUGGUGAAGCUGGGCGACGGCGACGGCGCAAUAGACGUUAACGUCGGACCGCACGGCAUGUUCAAGAUCCUACCGGGGAUGGGGUGCGUGGUUAAGAAUCGGCUCUAUAUCGACGCUGUGUUACAUGUUACGACGAUUGAUAUGGGUUAA